UUGGGAAACACUAUGAUCGGGGAGAGGAAUAAAAAUUCAUGUUUCCUAAGCUUUUGGUCAGUGUGAUAAUGGCGUGACACCUUUUGUCUUCUCAACAAUCUCAUCCAUCUUCUUCUCUCACUCACUCCAAUUGCUUGCACCUCACUCCUCCUCUCCCUCUAGCUUUUUCCUCUUCGUCUCUCUUUAGAUUCUUAAUUUCGCCCACACGUUUUCCUCCUCCUUCCAAUUCCGUCUCAGAAAAAAAAUGGGAAACUGCUUCUCUACUUCCUCUGUAUCCACCGCCGAGAUCUCUCCGCUUGACCUCGCCGUCAAACCUCCCCGCGUCGUAGCAUCCUCUCCCUCCGCCGCCGCACAUACUCACCUUCCAGCUCAGCAACUCCCAAUCGCUCCGCCGAGGGAAACAACAGCUACGGCGACGGCGACCUCCAACGUCACAGUGAAACUAUACGGACCAUCGAACAGUCUGACUACUUCGUACCUCCGCUUCGCUCUCCUCCACAAGAGAGUAAACCUCCGCUUCAUCCCUUCCUCCUCCGGAGGAGAAGACCAAAAGCCGGCGAUCCAAAUCGGAUCGGAGAAAACGUCGGGAUCUCGGGAGGCGCUCCUCCGCCACAUCGAGGACAAGUUCCCGGAGCCUCGGCUGAUGAUCUGGAAGUUCAACCUAGAAGGCUUCGACGAGGGGACUCCGCCGGUGGUGAAGGCGAUCUGGCUCCAUCACAGGAGCAUGACGUGGCACGUGGAGAGGAUGCUGAGAUGGUCGGAGGAUCUAGCGGCACGUGGAGGGAGGAGAGCCGUGGAUCCGUCCGUGGGGACGCCCAAGAUGGAGAUUAGGAAGUUCGCGAGGAGCUACACGCAGUUGCAGGAGGUGAUGCUGGAACACGCUCAGAUGGAGGAGAGGAUCCUCUUCCCUGUUCUUGAAUCUGUUGAUCGAGGGAUGUGUAAGAGUGCGACCGAAGAGCAUGGGAGAGAGUUACCGAUGAUGAACGGAAUCAAAGAGUAUAUCAAAUCGAUUGUUGUGAUGGAUUCUGGGAUAUGUUCUGAGGAGCUCUUUAGUCUUGCUUCUCGUUUCAAAUCAUUACAGAUGAUGUGUAAAGCACAUUUUGAAGAGGAAGAGAAGGAGUUAUUACCGAUGGUGGAGGCUGCAGAGAUGGGGAAAGAGAAGCAGAAGAAGCUGUUGAAUCAAAGCUUGGAAGUUAUGAGAGGGACUCAUACUAACGGCUUUGAUUUCCUCCUCCAAGGUCUCACUCCUCAAGAAGCUAUGCAGUAUCUUGACUUGCUCAUGGACUUUGCUGAUCCCGAUCUUAUCUCUUCUUUCAUGUCCCAACGAGACAUUGUUGACUGACUGAUAUUUUUCUUUUGUUAAAAAACUCUUUGUCGUGUUUGGUGAAAGUGUAUUUGGUGUAAAUAGAGUUCAGAUUGUCGAUCAGGCUUGGUUUGUUUUCUUUGUUCUCCUAGGUUAAACAAAAAUGUUAUAUUAACUCAUUAGAGUCGAGUGAAUUAUCACACAUUUUAAGUUUUCAACAAUGUGAACCAUCGAUUGAUUUGUCAGUUA